CUCAAAGUAAGGAAACGCUGACCAAAGUGGGGUUCCGUGCAUAUCAUUGCAUACGUUUGCGGGUUAGGCCAUCAGCAUUAUAAAUAAUGUAGGGCAUAUAAAAGGCACCAAUCCCCGCCAUCAAUUUCUGGCCUAUCCUCCGCAACCAGUACAUUCCCCUAUACACACCACAAUGAGCGUUGAUUUAGAAAGAGGCGACUUUGAUACCCGUUCCAUCCACUCCAAGAGCUCAAUUCACGACCAAGACGCCGUGCACGAUAUUGCUAAGAUCCGCACGUCUGGCAACAACGCCGAAUGGAUUCACAUCGGCAAGCAGAAGUUCUUGAGAGAAGACUUGCAGCAAGCUUUUGGUGGUAAUCUUAAUCCGGACAAGUAUGCAGCUCCAAGCUCGCACAAGUUCGGUAACCCAGCGCCGUUAGGGUUGUCUGCCUUCGCCUUGACCACCUUCGUCUUGUCUGUCUGCAACGCCAAGGCCAUGGGUAUCACCACCCCCAACGUUGUCGUCGGGCUUGCCUUCUUCUACGGUGGGUUUGUGCAAUUCUGUGCCGGUAUGUGGGAGAUUGUUUUGGAAAAUACUUUUGGUGCUACUGCACUUGCAUCUUACGGCGGUUUCUGGAUGUCCUACGCCGCUAUCCAGACCGACUUCUUUGGCGUGAUUGCGGCCUAUGAGGGCCACGAGGAACAGUUGACUGAUGCCUUAGGGUUCUACUUGUUGGCCUGGUCUAUUUUCACCUACAUGUUGUGUUUGUGCACCAUGAAGUCUACCUUGGCCUUCUUUUUGUUGUUCUUCUUCUUGGCCAACACCUUCUUGUUGUUGUCCAUUGGCGCAUUCACUGGCAGUGCCGGUACCUCCCAGGCCGGUGGUAUUUUGGGCAUUGUGACUGCUUUCUUGGGCUGGUACAACGCCUUUUCUGGUUUGGCCAACUCCCAAAAUUCCUACAUUACAGUCUCCGCCUUGCCAUUACCAGACCUCUCCGCCAAGAGAAGAUAAGCCUUAUUUAUUUAUUGAAUUUACG